AUGAACGUUGACCCGUGGUUCAACGCAGCCGCUAAUGGAGAUGUACGUUUCAUUGCUAGAAACUAUUUGAGCAAUGCAAAGCGUACAGAACCUAACCCUCCUUAUCAGACAGCGAUGAUGAAGGCAGCAGAGACACAUAACCUCAGUAUCGUCAAACUUCUACUAUCCCAUGAAAAGCGCCUGACAACUCCGGAGGGAUGGACUUCGCUUAUGAGUGCAGCGAAGAAUGGCUUUACAGAUAUUGUGGAAACCCUAUUUCCUCAUGAGGCAGGCUUUAGGACGUUGACUACGGUUUCUCCUUAUAAACCUAACACCACUGCUCUUCUCCUUGCUGCUACGCAUGGGCAUGAUCAAAUUGUAAAGCUUCUUUAUGACCGAGAGGCAGAGCUUAGUGGCUGGACCCCUCUUUUCCUUGCCGCGUACAAUGUUGACUUUGGAGCACUAAACACCGCGUUUUCUAGUGACCCUGGCUUGCUCACAUCUGUGGCCCCGAGAGAUAAUUAUAACCGCACCCCCUUAAUGUAUCUUGUAAUGCACCGUCGCGAUACUCUGGCGCGACACGAUUUAGGACGCUGCAUCAAACUCUUAAUUCGGACGCAAGAAGGGGCACAGGAUGCUUAUGGGAAAACGGCGCUUAUGUAUGCGGUCACAGCUAGACAUCGAGAUGCAGUGCGCUAUCUUCUUGACCUAACCACUACUGAGAUAAAUAAGCACACAUAUGAUGAAACAGAUAAUGGAACAGUUGUAGCGGGGAAGACAGCCCUUAUGCUUGCGGUCGAGAUGGAAGACUACACCCUUUGCGAUAUGCUAUCGCGCUAUGAAAUUGGUCGCACAACCCAGUCUGGAAUCACAUCCUUGAUGCUUGCUGCAAGCCUUGGUAACUUAGAAAUAUGUAAGCUUCUGGCUCCAUAUGAAAAUAGUUUCUCUACGGUUUCCGCAACGGCCGAGUUUCCAGUUGGCUCCACUGCUUUGACAAUAGCUAAGCAAUGUGGGCGACAAGAAGUUGUCUCACUUCUCCAGACUAUAGGUAAUGAACCGGGUCAGGGCACUGCCUUCCCCAUCCCUCUUCGAUCUCUCGGACGAAUUGAUGGGUCUCUAAUUUAUUCGUCUCUCUAUGGUAGUUCAUCCGAUCAUCAGCUUAAAGGAUCUAAUAGACCCUUAGGGCUUAUAUCUCGAGGCUCCUCUCCUCCUUUCCAAGGAACCGAACCCUAUACGCAACCGAUAAUAAUCCCCAUAUCAACACCUACUGGCCGGGGAGACGCAAUAACAGCAAAGGCCAGUUACACAUCUUCAGUAAUGCGUCUUUCUGGAGCGCAGCAAGAAAGUUUUGAUGAUAGCGCUUUACUUUCAAGGAAAUCCAACUUCUCUCUAUCUCACAAUGUUUCUGGAAGACCGAAGUCGGCAGUUCUCACAGGGAGCCUAUCUGUUGAAUCUCCAACAAGACCAAUGACCGUUUCAGAGCUAACUGGGCGCAAACAGAACAUUAGUGACUCCCAGAAUUAUAAAGAAUUAAGCGAACGGACAUCUCAACAGCACUCGAGCUUGCAUGUUGACGGGAGUUUGGUGGCUCAAUCAACACCAUGGUCAGCAAAAAGCCAACGCGACUCACGCCUUCAGUUAGAAAUAGAAAAUGCUGUACUAAAUAGAAAGCUUUACGAGGCUGAUAAAAAGAUAGCAUUGCUGCAGUCCGUGGACGCUAACGUAGUAGAGCUGCGGUCUGAGUUGGAUCAAGCUAGGAAGACCAUUACGCAAAACCAGAACUACAUUCAAGAAUUAGAAAAAGAAAAAGACAGUACGAUUCAACAGCUGGCACGUGAACAGGUGCAUAAUGAUGUGGGGAACAUAAUUAGGCGCCUUUCUACCAACUCUUCUCCCAACGCAGACUAUGCAGAACUAGAUCAGUCUAAUUCUAAUAUUGAAUUGGAGAACCUACGGGCAGACCUGGAUGACAAAUCAACAGAGCUUCAGGUCUUUCGAUAUGAUGUUUCGAGCCGCAUUUAUCCGGCGAUAUACGAGCUUCAAUCUCAUUUUACGACCUCUCAUGUAGCUGUUCAACAGAAAAUAGAUGACAUUACAACUAAGUUGUCUGUACAUGAAGGCCUAGUGCAACAAAUCUCCUCGAUGUUAAUAGCUCUUCGACAACGAGAGGUCCUCAAGCAUCCCGAUUUGUUUAUAAAUGAUCUCAUUAGUGGAUCAACGGUGGACACAACAGGCGCUGCUUUCAAGGCAUCUCUUGGCUCAAACUCUCAGCUGUCUAUUGACAAUGCUCAGGGAGCGCUAAAUAGUAAUUUAGAACUCUUGGGGCUGCAACAGAAGAUUAGCGAGCUAGAGCGUGAAAAUGCUAUCCUCAAACAACACAGAGUCGCUGAGGAUGCCAUUCUAACGUCCCCGGAACACCGAACUUUUAAUCAAAACUCGACACAUACCCAGCAGGAUGGAUUUAUUAUUUCUAAACUAGAAGAGACAAACAAUCGUCUAAAGGCUAUAGAAAGCAUUCUUUCAUUGCUCCGAACACCUGGAGCAACUGGACAGAGCGGACAAUCAAACGUACAUUCAGAUAGUUCCCUUAAUAAGACACUGACAGCCUUGGAGGGCGAACUAACGUUACUGAAAUCGUCCAUCUGCCAAUUUGAUAAUAAAGUACAGGGUGGUUCAAAUGCAGGAGCAGAGUCGACGCUUUUAGAUGAAUUGGACAAGAACCUACAAGAGACACGAGUUUUUGACGCAAAGUUUUCUGAGCUUAGGAAUAAAGUUUUAGUUUACAAGGAAUCUGUUCAAAAGGAAAGAAGGCAGAAUAUGCUUCUUAGCGAACAGAUAUCUAAAUUAACAGCCGAUUUAGACCUUACAACGAAGCAGCUCCACGCAGCUCAGGAAGAGGUGCAGGCCCUUCGCCAAGCCAAGGAUCAGGAGGACUUACGUAACAACACUAGUAUAAAGCGUAGGGAGGAGGAACUAGAAGAUCUUAGAGCACAACUGCAAGUGAUGGAUGAUUUGGAGUCCCAGGUUUCAGCAUUGAAAACGGAGAAUGCCCUGCUAGAAAAUAAAGUAGAUCAUCUGCAAAAGGACAUAAGCGUCUCAACAGCUGAGUUAAGCUUCAAAGAGAGACAGCUUCUGGAACAAGGAACGUCUCUACAAACUCUUGAGAUAAAACACCAGCGAUUAGUGUCAGAUAAUGAGGUACUUACAAGAGAAAAGCGCGAACUAGAAGCCAAAACAGAGUGUUUGCUGCAGGAGUAUGAUGCGCUUCAGGAAGAAAUGAAGCUACUAAUGACCAAGAAUGCAAGUUCAGAAGAAAGCCUGAGAAUAAUGUCCAUGGAACUAAAGUCUAUGCGCGAGGGUGGUAACGAGGAGAUCAAGUCGCUGAGAAGACAAUUGGCAGAGGCAGAGUCUUCUCUAAUGAAUUUCAAGCAGGAGAGUGAAACCACAAUACACGGAUUAGAGAGCAGAUUAAGGAGCUCUACCGAAGCUCUGGUGUCAAUUCGAAAUGAAGUAGGGGCAUCAUGCGAAUGUAUAGAGAAGGCAAGACAACGCUUGGAGAGCGCAGAUGACCUCCUGAGUCGCACGAUUGGUAUGUGA